AUGCAACGAUACACACGGAUCAUCCAGGAGUUGAAGGAUUCAUGGGAGCGAGCCGGCAGGCAUGCCGGUUCCCUCGUAGAGUCCGAGGGGAAUGCACUUGCCACAGUGACCAGUGCCACCUACUUGAUGGAGACCCCCAAGCUCUUGGAUGAGGGGCGUCGUUUGGCGGGGCAGCACCAUGACGCAGGUUUGACGGUGACGACAAAUGCUCCAGCACAACUUCAGGCCAACGAGGCUGCUCUUUUCCUCCUUGACUUCUCAGCCGUGCGCCAGAGCAUCGAACAACUUCUUCCUGAAAAGGGCGCGCGUCAAGUGAAGGGGGCAUUGAUUCCGCCAGUCUCUUCUGUGAGGAGUAAGUCGAAAUAUCCCUUGUCUCCCUCAAGGGAAUUAGUAGACGCUACCCCUGAGGGGCGCACUGUCACCGUUUCUCCGAUUUCAUUGUUAGUGCAGCGGACAGAUGGGACUAUAAAUGAGUUGCCGUAUGAUGAUUGCUCUGUGGAUACACAUAAUACAGCACGACAGCAGUUAUUUAUGCGGCAUCUCUCAGAUAUUCGUCAGGGAUAUGUUUGGUGUGUACCCAAUGCAAGUAAAUACUUUCAUCAGGACCAACGGCGAGCCGUGUGCUCUGGGACAUUUGGGCUGAUGGGACUUGACUGGGAGAUGCGAAUUCAGGCCCCGGAUGCGGAGGCGGGGUGCAGCACGCGUGAAGGUGAAACCAAGCAUGCCGGCGAGGAUGAGUCGGUGGGGAUUUUCCUGUACCCUGUCGGCCACACACUGCGCCUGGACUUUCGUAUUUCCAUUUUUUCAGCUGUAUUUUGGGCAGAGUGGGCGGUUUCCGGCUGGACGGCAUCGUUUUCCGGUAAAGGCUGGGGUGUAUACCCCUUGCUGCCGCGUCGAGAGUUGAUGCAGACGGAUCGCCUGGCGUGUAACAACACGCUGAAGAUCUGCGUGGCGCCUACAAGUGGUGUCUAUUAG